UUAAUUAAUUAAUUAAGCAGUAUUUAAGUGUUUGUAUUAGCAAAAAUCCCUGUAAUAAUACGUACAAAUUGGAGUCAAUGAUUUUAGAGUCGAAGAGAAAGGUCUGAAAGCUAGACAAGGCUGAGCAAUCUGAGGUGCUUUAUCCUGCCCACUCAUCUCCGCAUAUCCUGCGCACCCCUUCGCCGGUUUCGGAGCUCAGAUCUCUCACGCACACAGAGCUCUUGCCUCAUCUCUGAUUUCAGACAGGAGUAUUCUUGAGGAAAAGAAUCAUGAGCUGCUUUGGUUGUUGUGAAGAAGAUGAUGUCCGUAAAGCUGCUGACAGUGGAGGUCCAUACGUGGUGAAAAGUUCAGCAGGAAAUGAUGGUGGCUAUCAUACAUCAGAAACUGCACCGAAGGGUGCACAAGCUGUGAAAGUUCAGCCCAUUGAAGUUCCUGCUAUACCAGUGGAUGAACUAAAAGAAGUUACAGAUAACUUUGGGACAAAUACUUUGAUUGGAGAGGGCUCAUACGGAAGGGUAUAUCAUGGGGUUCUUAAAAGUGGGCAGCCUGCUGCAAUCAAGAAGUUAGAUGCUAGCAAACAACCUGACGAGGAAUUUUUAGCCCAGGUUUCUAUGGUAUCAAGGCUGAAGCAUGACAAUUUUGUUCAAUUGCUUGGUUACUGUGUUGAUGGGAACUCCCGUAUUCUUGCCUAUGAGUUUGCGUCUAAUGGAUCUCUUCAUGAUAUUCUACAUGGGAGAAAGGGUGUUAAAGGAGCACAACCUGGUCCUGUUCUGUCAUGGGCACAACGAGUAAAAAUUGCUGUGGGGGCCGCAAAAGGGCUUGAGUACUUGCAUGAAAAGGCCAAUCCUCACAUCAUCCAUAGGGACAUCAAGUCUAGCAAUGUACUAAUCUUUGAUGAUGAUGUUGCUAAGAUUGCGGAUUUUGAUUUGUCAAAUCAAGCUCCUGAUAUGGCUGCACGUCUUCAUUCCACUCGUGUUCUUGGAACCUUUGGUUAUCAUGCACCUGAGUAUGCAAUGACCGGACAGUUGAAUGCUAAGAGUGAUGUAUACAGCUUCGGUGUUGUCCUUCUUGAACUUUUGACAGGGCGAAAGCCUGUUGAUCAUACAUUACCACGUGGGCAGCAGAGUUUAGUUACAUGGGCUACACCAAAACUUAGUGAAGACAAGGUUAGGCAGUGUAUUGAUACAAGACUUAAUGGAGAGUAUCCUCCUAAGGCUGUUGCAAAGAUGGCUGCUGUUGCUGCCUUGUGUGUGCAAUAUGAAGCUGACUUCCGGCCAAACAUGAGCAUUGUAGUCAAAGCCCUCCAGCCACUGUUAAAUGCCCGGUCUGGACACGCCGGCGAAACACCAAGCUUGUAAACUUCUCUCUCACUCUCUCUGUGAGUUUGUGCAUUUGUACACUCAUGUGAGUAAUGCAAAUAUAACAAAGGGAUUGUUUUAGAAAGUGGUGGUAAAUUGUUUGAACAAGGUUGACAUAUGCUUUCAUUAUUUACACUUGAAUUGUUCAUAAUUUGUGGGCUGCUUUUCCUCCCAUCUGAAUUACUCAGUUUUGGCUUC